AUGGGGAAGAUCACAUUCUACGAGGACCGGGGCUUCCAGGGCCGCUGCUACCAGUGCAGCAGCGACUGCCCCAACCUGCAGCCCUACUUCAGCCGCUGCAAUUCCAUCCGGGUGGACAGCGGCUGCUGGAUGCUGUAUGAGCGCCCCAACUACCAGGGCCACCAGUACUUCCUGCGGCGCGGCGACUACCCCGACUACCAGCAGUGGAUGGGCUUCAACGACUCCAUCCGCUCCUGCUGUCUCAUCUCCGACACAAGCUCCCAUAGGCUGCGGCUGUAUGAGAGAGAGGACCAGAAAGGCCUCAUUGCGGAGCUGAGCGAGGAUUGCCCCUGCAUCCAGGACCGCUUCCGCCUGAGCGAGGUCCGCUCGCUGCACGUGCUGGAGGGCUGCUGGGUCCUCUACGAGAUGCCCAACUACCGGGGGCGGCAGUACCUGCUGCGGCCCCAAGAGUACAGGCGCUACCAAGACUGGGGGGCCGUGGAUGCCAAGGCGGGCUCUCUGCGGAGGGUGGUGGAUUUAUGCUAA